GGCAGCGGCACAGCAGUCGAGGGCAGGGCGGCACAGUGAAGGGAACGCAGGCUCGGAGCGCGCCGCGCGUACCGAAGGGACGCUGUGAUUGACAGUCAGAGGCACGGAGCGUCCCGCGCGGCAACACAAGCGGAGCAACCUAAUCUCCGAGUACCAGUUUUUUUUUCAAAGGCAUCUCUGUGCUAUACCAGCCAGAUCAGCCUGGUGCGUAUAAAGGAGGCUCUAUCCAUCAUCUGGGACCGGAAUAGGGAGUCUUUUCGCCGGAUAAACAAGCAAGAGGAGCGUGGAAGCUCUGCGUUUCUCUAUCCCGUUCUGUCUUUACCUGCGCGGUUGUAACUGGAAACUCUCUGGGAUAACCUAUAGGUUUCUCAAGGUGUCCCGGAAACGGGAGUGGAGGGACAGAAUGGUCCGGUUGCACUUUGCAAUCUGAGCCUAAGAAGAAUUUCUCGAUUCAUUUUUUUUAUGGAGUAAAGAAACUGCUUUCUCAAAUAUUUGUGGGGGUUUGCAUUUCUUUUUGUGCAACCCAGUGUAAGUGUGAUGUCUUUUUAACUCAAUUGAUAAACACUGGAUCUUUUGAAUAGAGCUUUUAUUUCUUACAGAGUGGAAUACGGACCAGAUCACCCGGAGACUCUCGCAGGAAUUUUGGUGCGUAAUUCGCGCCGUGUGUGCUGUUGCGGAGCCGCUGAAGUAGUUGUGCCUCCCUUCUUUUUUUAACACCCAAUUUUUCUUUAUGGAGUAGUCUGAAUAACAGGUGAAGACUUAAAAAAAAAAAAGGAGCGGGGUUUCAUUCUCUGACGCCUGGAGCACGAAGGCGGAUUCGAUGUGCAGAUUCUCCGUAGGAUGGUAAAUGACCAAUGGGGAAUCAUGAACAGCUCUUCUGAACUCGAAGAUGGGACUCGGCAUAAAAACCAGACGUUCUGUGAGUGUGUGCCCAGCUCCUCCCAGCUCAAACAUCGCUGGUCAGACUCAGAAACUGCCAGGGAGACCCCGGCCAAGAGGAUGAGCUGCAGCUACCUGCUCUGCACCAUCCUGCUUUUUGUGGCUGUAUUGCUCGCUGUCACCGUAACCGGCACUAUCCUUUUCAUGAAUCACUACCAGGCCCCACCCAUGUCCGACGGCCUGCCCCACAUCUCCACUAAUCAGGAUGAAGCAAAUGCCCUGGUCACCGUGGAGAGAGGCGACGGCUCUCGUAUCAACAUCUUCAUAGACCCCAACUGCCCCGACUACAACAGUAACUUUUUGCGUCUGGAGGGAGUGCAGACUUCGCUGCUACACUCGCUCACCGACCACGACUCUGACCUGAAGUCAGUGAAAGGUCAGGACCGGGCUCUUCUCGUCAGUCUGGCUGAGGAGGUGGCCAAACUGUCGGCCCACGCGGGGCAGCUGAAAAUGGACUAUGAGUCCUUACGGAGGGGACAGGGCAGCCUGGGGCAAGACCUGAACACAUUACAGACGGAACAGGGACGCCUCAUACAGCUGCUUUCCGACAGCCAGAUCAACAUGGUGAAGGUAGUGAACUCCGUGAGUGAUGCUUUGAAUGCCAUGCAGAAGGAGAAUGUGGGCUUGAAGGCGCGGGUCAAGGCCGACCUGCAGAGGGCACCGGUGAGAGGGGCUCGUCUCAAGGGCUGCUCCAACGGCUCGCGUCCACGUGACUGUGGCGAUCUGUACGCCAGCGGUCAGAGAGAGGACGGCAUCUACUCCGUGUUUCCUGUUCACCACCCCGCAGGCUUCCAGGUCUACUGCGACAUGACGACAGACGGAGGAGGCUGGACGGUGAUCCAGCGCAGAGAGGACGGCUCGGUCAACUUCUUCAGAGGAUGGGAGUCCUACCGUGAGGGAUUUGGAAAGAUCACUGGUGAACACUGGCUUGGGCUGAAGCAGAUCCAUGCCCUUUCCAUCCAGGCCAACUACGAGCUGCGUAUCGACUUGGAGGACUUUGAAAAUAGCACGGCAUAUGCCCAGUACGGUACUUUUGGAGUAGGCCUGUUUUCUGUGGACCCUGACGAUGAUGGAUACCCAUUAACUGUAGGAGACUAUUCUGGAAAUGCAGGUGACUCCCUGCUGAAACACAACGGGAUGAAGUUCACCACAAAAGACAGCGACAACGACCACUCGGAGAACAACUGCGCCUCUUUCUACCACGGCGCCUGGUGGUACCGCAACUGCCACACGUCCAACCUGAAUGGCCAAUACCUGCGCGGCCAGCAUACCUCGUACGCCGACGGCAUCGAGUGGUCCUCCUGGACUGGCUGGCAGUACUCGCUCAAGUUCUCUGAGAUGAAGAUACGACCUACGCGCGAUGCAGAGAACAAAUGAGGAAAAAAGAUGGUAAAAACUUUUUGGGAACAAUACAAACCACUCUUUGCGACUGCUAGGCGGAGUCUCAAUAUUGUUCAUUCACUGAAAACAAACCUCUUUAAGUUGACUCUGCUGUUUGCCUCCUCAUGUCUCUUCCUGGUUUUUUUUGCCCCCAUUCUGCCAACAAUCUGCUUCUAGUGUCAUGCCUAGUUACCAUUUUUUCCCUCCAUGUUGUCGAGACAAAGAAAAUGAAACCACAAUCCUUUAAUUUCUUCUUAAUUAGCCGACACGGCAGAUGGAUGUCAACACAAUGAGUGCGGUUCUGCUCGAGGUUUCUGCCUGUAGAAAGGAAGUGCUUGCUUAUAAUAGUUUCAUGUUGGGUCGCUCUAAAUAAUAUAACAGAGAAUCUGGUAUAUAGAAGCUUGGUGAUAUAACGUAAAAGAUUUGGCAUCAAAAUGAAGUAAAAGAUUGUUUGAUUCAGUUCAUUAAAACAGCACAGCAAAACUCUAAACCAGAGUCCACUGCUCUAGCUUUACCCAGCCUGAUACAGAGUCCACAUCACCCAUCCCACAGAACCACCCACCAGUGAGUUCCCACUUGACGUGUAGCUCUGACCUCCCAUCUGUGCUGACAUGGCACUUAGAAUGUGUAAUCUGUGAACAGAGAGAGGGCUGCUCUAUCAGAGAAAACCCCUCCAAAACAUAUGUACAAAUCGUCUGUGUUCCCCCUUUUGCAAAGGAAGUUUGCAGUCACAUUCCAUCCUUGAUCUUUUAAAAUGAGAAAAGGUAUAGUAGUAGGCAACAGGGCCUGAGACAAUAAGAGAGAGGAGAGAGAGAGAGAGAGAGAGAGACAGAGAGAGAGAGGUGAAGAGAAAGAACAAGGAAACAAUUUGACAAGAGGUAAAUUAGUCAAAGUGGAAGAAGAGGAGGUGCAAAAAGGAUGAAAAUGAGAAAAAGAGAAGAGACAACGGGCGGACCUCAUUCAUCUGACUUGGGCCAUUAGGGAGCAUAUUGGGCACUUUGUCUGAUCUGCCUGCCAGCUGAGUACUGGCCAACUGAUGCAGCACUCACAGAUGGUAACCAAGCACUUUGUGUACAUGCGUUUCUGUGUGUUUGUGUGUGCGUGUCUCCAACAGAAAGGGAGACAGACAGAGUUCCCUAACUGUAUCAGCUUCCUGUCAUAGGCUGGGUAGAGUGUCUCGAAUACAAAGUUUAGCACAGAUAGAGUAAACAUGACGCAUACCUAGCAUACGUUCACCAACUGUUAAAUGGAAAUAUAAAUACAUGUAAUGGAAAUACCUGAUUUGAAAAGACCAAUGAGAUCCAAGACUGAGAAAGCAAUCAGAAGACUGUGUCAUACCUACCCCCACAUUGAUUUUGUUUAUUUGGACCUAUUAAGGAGUUGUGACACCAACAUCUUCUCAUUUCCUUUUCUGACUUUUCUUCAUGCUGGCUUUCUUUUCAGGUGAUUAUUUUGGGAUGUGUUUGGGCGACAGUAUCUCUUCUCUUGCAAACUGAGAGGAAAAUUGCUGUAAAAAAAAAAAAAAAAGAUUUGUCGCUCUUGAAGAAAAAAACAGUCUUUUUAUUCUGAGUAGGAGUUCUACAUUGUGUUAUGGCAAAAACAAAAGGCUGCAAGCAAAAAAAAAAAAAGAAAACAAAAAACCUGUUGGCAGAAAAUUCUUUUUUUUUUCGCCUUUUUCUCGUUUGUUUUGAGUUUGUGAAUCAACACUUUUUGUCAUCGAGUUUCUUUGGAUGUACUUAAAGCUUUAAAAAAUAUCUGUAGAUUUUAUUGUACAGUGUGUAUGACUUUUAGAGCAUGUGAAUCUGUUUUCCUACUAUGCUAAAUCACAAAGAGUACCCAAGCACAUGGACUGAAUAAAACUACACCUGUAAAAAAAAAA